AUGUCUCCUGACGUUUCUCGUCAGGUGGGUCUCCUGUCAAGGUGUUAACUUCCUUGGAUCGCCAACAAAGAUGAUUGUAUUUCCAUAUCUUUGAAUUUUUUUUGCAUCACUUUUACAACCGUGCUUUGUCUAAUAAGAAAAUCUUCACUGAUCUUUAUGUAGCCCUCACCGUUCCUAUGUAAAGAAAGUAUUUGUUUUCCUGGGAUCUUAAGACAUUUCUCACCCACGCUAUUGCUGCCAAGAAGAUGUGUUUAGGGGUUCCCUCAUUAGUUAUCACCCUUUUGAGAGUUUCCUGUGUAAUGAAUCAUUCGAUUCAUCUGUUUUUGAGAACUUGUUUUGCCUUUGCCCAAAUUCUUUCAUUGGGGUGUAUUUAUUUCUUCUCCAUGAUUUUAUUUUUACUGAUUAGUUAAAACACUUUCCUUUUUUGGAAGUGCAAGUUAACCUCCUUUGUCCACCAUCUACAACUGUCGGUGCCUAGGAAGGGAAAGGAACAUGAUAAAAGACUCUAGACACCACAGCUUCCACCUCUUCAACCUGUUGCCCUCUGGCAGGCAUUAUAGGGCCGUACCAGCCAAAACAAACAGACUGAGAGACAGCUUCUUUCCAAAAGCUGUCACCGCACUUAACUCAAGUUUGCACUGAAAAACUGACAUGCUUUACUGCUUUACAACACUGACAAUGUCAUUGUCAUUGCACUGCUAAUGCCACAAUAUUGUCACAUGCAUCUCAUGAAAUAAUAUUUUCUCAGACAUCUGUCUUGAUCUGGGUGUCAUGCCUUGAGUUGAGUUUUGUUAGGAUCUUUCCCUCGUGUUUAUUGUCCACUGAUUUCACCUGUUGUGGCCUGCUCCUUGUGUCUUGACCAAUCCGCUGCCUCUUGUAUCAACCACAUGUGUCUCAUUGUCUUGUUAUCCUAUGUCUGUAUUUAAGUGCUGUCUGUCUUGUUCGGUCAUUGUUUUUCCAAGUGUCUUUCAGAGCGUCUAUCCAACUGUCUCUCCUAGCGUCUGUUCUCCGUUCAUGUCUGUGUCCCUCAAUUGCAGGGGGCAGGAUGAGCAGUUUUCUUUGGUAUUCACCAUUGCAUCAUUCUUGAUGAAUUUCUUGACAUUACUAAAUGGUCUCAUCUUUGACCGCUUUGGGACCCUCAUAGCGCGGCUCUUUGGAUUAGCACUUCACACAGGGGGACUCUUAAUGUUGGCCUUUGCAACUCCAACUCUGUCCAUGUUGGUUUAUCCAGGGCUCUCAUGCAUAGCCGUGGGUGGCUUUAUGCUGCUCCUCACCAACAUGCAAGUGGCAAAUCUGUUCGGAGCUCAUCGUUCCACCAUCAUCACUGUCUACAAUGGGGCCUUCGACUCUUCAUCGGGCGUAUUCCUCCUUGUUAAAUUUGCAUACGAGUCUGGCAUCUCUCUCAAAGCCAGUUUCCUGUUCUUGGCUGCCGGAAGCAUCCAUCACUUGCUCAGGACAAUCUUCCUUUUUCCCAGAACCACAAUCCCAUACCCAUUGCCUGACAACUACAAGUAUGGGAUAUCCUGCAGAAGAUCAAGGAAGACCAACGGAACUGUGGAGACUGACUCUAAAAUGACAAUGGACGAUAAUCCACCGGAUCAGGAGGAACUUAAAAAGACUGAGAAAACCUUCCGUGAGUGCAUUCUGUCCAAAUUCUUCUUCUUGGUCCUCCUCUGGUUGUCAGUGAUCCAACUGAGACACUUCGUGUUCAUUGGCACCCUCAACCCUGCGCUGGAGCGUCUGGCUGAUGGAGAUGCAUCCAUUGUGAGCAAGUACAUCAACGCCUUUGCAUUUACACAGAUGUGUGGAUUGCUGGUUGCUCCCAUUCAUGGCACUAUCCUAGACCGACACAAGCGCAAACCUCCGGUCCCAGGAAUGAGUGAAGAAGAGGCCGACCUAAACUCAGCAAUAAUCUCCUUCUUCCUGACAUCAGUGCUGGCAUUGCUGUUCUCAAUUUGCUCUUCCAUCCCCGUGCUGCCACUUCAAUACUUCACUUUUGUCAUGCAAAUGAUCGACUUCAGUUUCCUGUAUGGCGGAAUGACUGUAUUUGUCGCAGUGGUUUUCCCACCAUGUCAUUUUGGGAAGCUUUAUGGCCUUAUUACCACACUCUCGGCAGUGUUCUCUUUACUGCAGUAUGCCUGCUUUGCUGUUGUGGAGGAACUUCUGGAUGGAGAUCCUUUAUAUGUGAACAUCGCCCUGACGGUACUGAUCCUGUUCUCUUUCAGUCAUCCGCUGAAUGUUUUUCUGCACUGUCGAAAGCUUGCAUCGCAGCGGGCAAAAGCCAACACCAGCACUGCUACGAAAACUGUCACUGUUACUGAAGUCGAGUCGAUGGUUUCCCUGACCUAGAAAGCAUUCACACAUCCAUACAUCAAUGAUUUGUAAAUGUGAAUAGAAAUUAUGGUAUACUGCUUUGCCAUACAACAUAAUGGUGCUUGUAAAGCUAUUGAACAUUGGCUCAAGAAAUCGUCAUAUUUCUUAUUGAACACAAAGUUUGUACAUCUUGCUCCACAUUGUGGAAUAGACAUAUGAGAUAUUUAUAUUGUACUGAAUGUUUUUAGGUUUUGUUUUUGUUUUGUUUGUUUAUGUGGCUG